GUCCUGCAGGCGCUCCCCAUCAACUAACGAAGGGCAAGUGUGACUAGAGCAGUCCUGUAGGCGCUCCGGAUCUAAUAAAUGGAAAAGGAUAUGAACACAAUCAAUACGCAGUCAGGACGAGUCGGCAAAAGACGACCUAACAGAAGAAAACGUCGAGCCGGUCUAAGGGAAAAGGCUAAAAGAAAUAGAAGUAAAAUCCUAAAUGAAAUACGGGAACAGCUACAAUAUUUACAUGAGCAUAGAGCUCCUAGCCACCCUGAGAGGCCGUGUUAUUCACCUAUGUCUCAAGCGUCAACUUUAAUAGUACCGAACAACCAAGAAGAAGAUACUGAAAUUCAAAUCAUAGAUACCGAUACCGCAAUUACGAUUAACAAUCAUAACGAAUUUCCAAACGAAUUGUUAGUAAGAUGUAUUCAUGAUUACAAAACAUAUAUGCAAAACAUUGACAAAAGCGAAUGAAUCUAUU